AUGGCCGUUCCUCCUACCUAUGUUGACCUUGGCAAGUCCGCCAAGGAUGUCUUCACCAAGGGAUACGGUGAGCACUGAGCAGUACUACUACUCACUAUCCUUCUACUCAGCCUUUGCUUCUGACCUGCAGAUAAUUUGGAAUGGACUGUAGCCUAGCCUAGUGUUCUAUCCAUUUGGUGAACUCUCUAGUUUAGACUGGCUGUCCUUGGGCAGUGUAUUGACUGGGAGACACACAGCUGCACAGAGACAGUGAGGCUCAGGCCGUACUAUGGGUAUUCCCAGGUAAAAGGGCCUUGAAUAGCACUUGGGGUUAGCCAUAGUACUUCCUAGGCGAGGGUGGGACUGACCAGCACACUGACUCCCAGAGGGGGGUGGGAAGGAAGCUGGGGCUGUGAACCGUGGCUGACGCCUGAUGUGACUGUGUACUGUCUAGCAUAGAAACCACAUCAAAUCAAUACACUCACUCAAUCUAGCAAUGUUAUGUAAUAGUUCUAAUGGAUGUAGUUCUAGGCUAGUAUUUCUCAGACAGGGAUUUAUUGAACAGUGGUUUAUGAGGUGGUAAAAUAAGUCUCCACGAGACUACAUGUGUAUUAUGGAAACAAUUAGAAGCCACGUGUUUACGGAUUGUCAGGAAUGUUAGUGAAAAUAAUUAACUGAACAGAAAUGUAUCAUCAGUUUGAAGAGCAUUCCAAGAAUGUAUUGUAAUUACAACAGUUUGAUUUAAUUUUCUUCCAUGCCUCUCAGGUUUUGGUCUCAUCAAGCUGGAUUUGAAAACCAAGUCAGAGAAUGGACUGGUGAGAUCCACUGCAGAGUUGGUCCGAUUACCCCUUGGAGCCUAAAGGGGCACUUGACUCAGAGUGCUAUAAUUUAAGUAGUUAUCUAGCCCUCUGUCACCAUACAACUUAGAGGGCCACUAGUUAUCUGACUCAUUGCCAACUGUGAAAGACCUCUGUGAUUGUCAGCGUCACUUUAGAUUAUUUCACUAUCUGCAAAGGAAAACAUACUAUAACAUAUUUAUACUUGAAUACAUUCAAACACAUAGCCUAGGCACUGAUAAUAUUUGGCCCAUGUAAUCCUCAACCAUCCAAAUCCUCACUGAUGGUAUCUGAUGCGACUUUGCUUUAUAACAUGGUCACAUCUCACCAUUGACCUCUGUUUGACCCCAAUCCCAGGAGUUCACCAGCACAGGCUCUGCCAACACUGAGACCAGCAAAGUGGCCGGCACCCUGGAGACCAAGUACAAGUGGGCUGAGCACGGGCUGACCUUCACUGAGAAGUGGAACACUGACAACACUCUGGGCACCGAGAUCACUGUGGAGGACCAGGUUAGGAUCAGGUGUUAUUUAGAUCAGGGUGCAAUCUACUCAACUCUGUUUUCUUCAAUCAGCAAUUGUUAGAAGGGUGCUAUAAGCCAAGGAGCAAUCCCAUCACAGGAGGUUGAUGGCACCUUAAUUGGGGAGAACGGGCUUGUGGUAAUGACUGGAGCAGAAUCAGUGGAAUGGUGUCAAACACAUGGUUUCCAGGUGUUUGAUGCCAUUCCAUUUGCCCCGUUCCGGCCAUUAUUAUGAGCCGUUCUCAUAGUAAUCCCAUAGUGUAAAUAUAAAAAAGACCAGCACUCAAUGACUUGAUGCAGUUUCAUUGAUUUAUUAUAUAUUUUAAGACAGUAGGCAUAGGCCUAUAUUUCCAUAACUUCACAUGUUUAGUCUGGUGUGUGGGAGUCUGUUCCCUAUGGGGCCCCCCCACCCUAUUAAGUGGUGAAAUGCUCAUAGCAAUAUAUCUUUCAUCACAUAACCAUGCUUUCUUAAUCAUUCUUUCCAACUGUCUCAGAAAUUCAUGAACAGUCAAAAUAUUUUUCAUGAAAUUGGAUGAUAUUUGGAUGAAACCAGAUCAAAGUGUAAUGACCAAAGUAUGACAAAUGACUGUUGCUUCUACAUUGAUAAAGUUUGAUCAUAAAGUUACUGGUCCCCUCAACCUGUGUCAAACGCUUGGAUUCAGGAGGCGGGAUUAUUAAAGGGAUUAAGGUGACAUCACCAUAACUCUCAUUUUAAUACACCAAUGGUAACAUGAUAUUCUCUUACCUCAUUUAUAUAAGUACCGCCUUGUAACCAAUAUCGUAGAAGGCGUGUUUGCAGAGGGGUGUGGUUUAUAUAGCUAGAUAGCUACUCUACUGGUGCCAAAAUUUGGCUGUAGGGUGUCAGAAAAUAUAAUUAAAAGUUUACCCUGUUCAUCUAUGGCGAAGAUACUUAUGUUUCCCCUUUCAUCUGUGUCUGGUGUUGGCUAGUUACGGGCUAGCUAGGUCUUCAUCUGUGUCUGGUGUUGGCUAGUUACUGGCUAGCUAGGUCUUCAUCUGUGUCUGGUGUUGGCUAGUUACUGGCUAGCUAGGUCUUCAUCUGUGUCUGGUGUUAGCUAGUUACUGGCUAGCUAGGUCUUUAUCUGUGUCUGGUGUUGGCUAGUUACUGGCUAGCUAGGUCUUCAUCUGUGUCUGGUGUUGGCUAGUUACUGGCUAGCUAGGUCUUCAUCUAUGUCUGGUGUUGGCUAGUUACUGGCUAGCUAGGUCUUCAUCUGUGUCUGGUGUUGGCUAGUUACUGGCUAGCUAGGUCUUCAUCUAUGUCUGGUGUUGGCUAGUUACUGGCUAGCUAGGUCUUCAUCUAUGUCUGGUGUUGGCUAGUUACUGGCUAGCUAGGUCUUCAUCUGUGUCUGGUGUUGGCUAGUUACUGGCUAGCUAGGUCUUCAUCUGUGUCUGGUGUUGGCUAGUUACUGGCUAGCUAGGUCUUCAUCUGUGUCUGGUGUUGGCUAGUUACUGGCUAGCUAGGUCUUCAUCUGUGUCUGGUGUUGGCUAGUUACUGGCUAGCUAGGUCUUCAUCUGUGUCUGGUGUUGGCUAGUUACUGGCUAGCUAGGUCUUCAGCCAGCAUGGAACAAAAGGGAAGGGGGAAAGGUCGUUCAAAACUCUGACACUGUUGUCAUGUCAACACAUCCAGCAGUGCUGCUGUUAACCGCAUCACAAGAGACAUGCCAAACGGGAGAUGUACAAAAAAUGUAAUAAAACAUGACAUCAUUGGUGCAAUUUGAAUGUUGUUUGAGUUGCUUUGUGUAUCACCAAAUUUGCUUGAGAUUAUUUUCCUGCAACACAGCUCACUGCAUCCAAGUUGCUUGACAUAGGUGUUUCAAAGAGCUGUUAGUCAAGGCGAGCUCAUGAAUAUAAGCUCCCUGCCCACUUAGCCUGUCUUUUCAAACUUCCUGGUAGUUAGCCAUGAGAGAAAGUACUUUUUACUUUUAGCAUUUCUAUCCAAAACAAAUAUUAUUUUAUAUUUUAGUCACUCAAAAGGCUAUUUUACAUGUGACUCAGAAUUACUGUUUGGGACCUUUUUUAAAGGGUAACUCUCAACCCCAAUUUCAGCCUUUGCCCAACACCUUCAAAUAAAUAAAUAAAAUAUAUUCAGGUGAGAAGUUGUGGGUAGGGGGAAUUGCUCAUAAAUAUUAAUUUUGGGGGUGGGUAAACGUAGUUGUACCUGAUCUCAACACUUUCUCGCUAAAGCAUACUUACCUGAAGUCCACUGGCACGCUCUGAUAAUAAAAUUAUGUGGAUCGCGAGCAAAUAUGGCUCUGGACAGUUGGCUCACAGUGGUAAACCGCAGAGUUUCUGACAACUAUUGCCACUGGCGGUGUAAAUUCGAAUCCCACAUCGGGCACAAAAAAUAUAUAUUUGAAAUGUGGACUCGCAUUUAUUGUGGUGUUGGGAAGAAAAAUGCAAUUAUCACCUUGAAAAUUAAUAUUAGGGGCUCAAUCCAACCCACAUUGCAUUAUUUACGCAGUAGCUCUUUUUUUAAUGGUCAAAUUAACUAUUGGGUACUGUAUAAAAACAUACAACUACUACCAGGGUGAACCCUUUCACAGGUAUGCUUUCACUUUUCAGAAUUAGAAGUGUGUGGACACGGGAUGAAUAUUGUAAAUAAAGGAUAAUCUGUGGGAUUAGAACUCAGCCAUUGUAAUAUGAGUGAACUGUGUUUUUUUGCGGACUGCGCCACCAAUCAGUCAUAGCAAUUGGGGACAAAAUCUAUUUGUUGUUACGAUGGUUGUAGCUACGAAUAUGAACUUAAUCCUCAUAGCCUACAUGUUUUUUUUCUUCGUAAAAGCACAUAGAUGUGUAUGAAACGGUAAGCAAAAACCUUGAAUUUAGUCAUAGUUGGAAAUGUGCCUUACUACCUUUUUAAUUUUGUGUAAAGUCAGCAGUCUUGUCAAGGAAGCAUCAUACAAAAUAUAUUGGCACACUCCACUUACCAAUACCAUUGCCUGCUUUUAUAGUAAGCCUUGAGGUGGUACCACCCAGCACAUCUAGAAGGGAGUGGAUUUCAUACCGAACCCCUCCCUUGAGAUGAUGUAGGUGCCCCUACGUCACGAUUUCAAUGGUAGAGUUGAACCGCUAGGGGCAAAAAUAGUUGAUUUACUACUAAAACACCAAAAUAUAUAACUUUUGGAAUGUACUGUCAAAAUGAAGACCACUAUAGCUAAGCCUAAAAUAUCUGGUUUUGGAUGAUAAUCUUUUCUUCUUCAUGAAAGUUACUUUUUAAUUAUGAAUCAAUCAUGCUUUCUUAACCUCUCCAUCUCUCUCUCUCUUUCUCUAACCAUCUCCCCUCAGUUGGCCAAAGGGCUUAAACUGACGUUUGAUUCCUCCUUCUCGCCAAACACUGGGUAAGAAGUGGCUAUCCAAUUAAUUCAGUGAAGAUAGCGUUUAAUUGCUUUAAAAAAACAAAACAUUAUUGAAUUGAAAUAAAUGUCAUCACACAAAACAUUAUGAAAAGGAAUUCCCUGCUCAAUAUAGGUAAUUGGAUGUGUCUUGCCAUUCUGACACUAGUCCCAUUCCCUAUAUUACCUCACACUGACAAGUUGUCCUUCCACCAUCCCUCACCUCUCUGCUUCAGCAAGAAGAGUGGUAAGAUCAAGACUGGCUACAAGAGGGAGCACAUCAACCUGGGCUGUGAUGUGGACUAUGACAUCAACGGGACGGCAGUGCACGGCGUGGCGGUGGUGGGCUACGAGGGCUGGCUGGCCGGCUACCAGGUGACCUUCGAGGCCGGGAAGAACAGGGUCACCCAGAGCAACUUCGCCGUGGGCUACAAGACCGACGAGUUCCAGCUCCACACAAAUGUGUAAGUAGAUGACAUGAAAUUAAUAGAUACAGAAAUAUGGUUCAGGUAGGCCGCCACGCUUCAGCAAACAAUGGAAGUAAGACGUGGCUUUACAACAAUGACAGUAAGCCAGUAACGUGGGGCUUAACAACAAUGACAGUAAUCCAGUGAUGGUGCUUAAGGACCCUGAACAUGGUCUUUAGGGUCGAUAUACAGUGAUUUUAAGCAUUUUGUGUAUGUGGCUCAUUCAGGAGGAAUACCCCCAACUGAGUGUUGCAAACCUCAAAUCACAUUUUAUUGGUCACAUACACAUAUUUAGCUAUCAGACCUACCAUGCUCCAACCAACCGAGCCUUUUAAACCACUAGUGAGUAAAAUGUGUCCAGCUCUGUGAGAGCUGACCUUGUCUGGACAAUAGCAACUAAGCACUAGCUGUCUGUCUGGCCCCCUCAGAUGCAGACUGGCAGUUAUUUUAGUACCACUGUAUCCCACGGUGAUGGGAUUUGUGAAAGGGCUUUGUCAGAAGAGGAAGGUGGACAGGAAGGAUAGUAAAGUAAGCUAACUUCCUGCUGUGACCUGUCCUCCCAGUCAUGAUCACUUGUUUUGACAAGGUCAAUUAGCUCUGAGACAUUGCUCUUUAAUCCUUUGACAGCUCAUCCUUGAUAUAUACAGGUAACUGCCAAAAUAAAGGAAACGCCAAUAUAAAGUGUCUUAAUAGGUCGUUGGGCCACCACGAGCCAGAACAGCUUUAAUACACCUUGGCAUAGAUUCUACAAGUGUCUGGAACUCUAUUGGAGGGAUGCGACACCAUUCUUCCACAAGAAAUUCCAUUAUUUGCUGUUUUGUUAAUGGUGGUGGAAAACGCUGUCUCAGGCACCGCUCCAGAAUCUCCCAUAGGUGUUCAAUUGGAUUGAGAUCUGGACUUAAAUGUAAAUGUGACUGAGACAGCCAUGGCAUAUGGUUUACAUUGUUUUCAUGCUCAUCAAACCAUUCAGUGACCACUCAUGCCCUGUAGAUGGGGGUAUUGUCAUCCUAUGGGGGCAUAGCCAUGGUAGCCAAAAUAAUGGGCAGCUUUUUUUUAUAUAUGACCCUAAGCAUGAUGGGAUGUUAAUUGCUUAAUUAACUCAGAAACCACAACUCUGCGGAAGCACCUGCUUUCAAUAUACUUUGUAUCCCUCAUUUACUCAGGUGUUUCCAUUAUUUUGGCAGUUACCUGUAGGUCUAAUAGUUUGAUAGUUAAGAUUGUGACAUUGAUCUUCCGAUUGCAAUGUAUGUGAAAGGUAAUUCAUGUUUUUGUAUUGAUAAUGGAUAUUCUGUAAAGCAGUAUUUAUUUUUAUGAUAAUGCACAAGGGCAUGGUAUGCUAUGAGUAUUGGAAUGGAUUUGGAUGUUGCAGUAUACUUGCAUACAUACAUGCAUGUUAGUUCCCACAGCCUUGUGUAUUCAAAGUAUCAUCCUCAUAGUGAUGAAUAAGCAUGUUUUUCAUGAAAGAAAUGACGGCACCGAGUUCGGGGGGUCCAUCUACCAGAAGGUGAACGACCAGCUGGAGACAGCAGUCAACCUGGCCUGGACCGCUGGCAACAGCAACACCCGCUUUGGCAUCGCAGCCAAGUACCAGAUCGAUGCCGACGCAGCCUUCUCGGUAAGAGGCCACUCUAGCUAGUCCUCACUGGCUGAGACUUGACCUCUGCCUGAGGUCAUGUUCAGGGCACGAGUAGAGAGAGCUACUAGGCUAAUCAGUUUAACAUUAUCUUGAGGCAUUGUUGUAUUUAAGUACCUUUUGAUUGAAUCCAAAACGUUGGCAUUUCAUGUUUCUCCUACAGGCCAAAGUGAACAAUUCUAGCCUUGUGGGCCUGGGAUACACUCAGACUCUGAAGCCUGGUGAGUAUUCUUUUAUUCUUUUACAUUAUUUUCCUCCAUGCCAGUGACGUCUUGAUGAAACGUGCAGUAAAAAACAGUUGUAAUGCCAUUCUACUGUAUUAGGGCAGAACAGCAGUAGGCACUUGACCUCCUCAGCCUGUCAGUGAGCCCUGAUCUUUUUUGAAUUUACAUUUUAGUCAUUUAGCAGAUGCUCUUAUCCAGAGCGACUUACAGUUAGUGAGUGCAUACAUUUUUCAUACUGGCCCCCCCACUUGUAACUCCUGCCAAAGUCCCAUUUCUGAUGCCUUGUCCCCGUCUGCAGGAAUUAAGCUGACCCUCUCUGCUCUGCUGGAUGGGAAAAACAUUAACACCGGUGGGCACAAGCUUGGCCUUGGACUCGAGUUUGAGGCAUAA